AUGUGCACGGCAAUUAAUGCAUUUAAAAAAUGUGGGAUAUGGCCAUUUAACCAAAAUAAUUUCACCGAUUCAGAUUUUUUAGCUGCAUCAACAACUGACAUUCCGAUCACAAAUUAUGAAACUGAAACAACUUCUUCAACUGCUGAUAUUCAGCAACCGUCUUCAACUGUUAAUAAUCAGCAACCACUGCCGCCUCCCCUUGAACCUAUUUUACCUGCAGUACAUCAGGAAACGCCUAUAUCAGAGCCUCAGUCUGGACCAUCUAUGCAACAAGAAAAUAGCGUUUCCCGAUCUCCAAUCCGAAGAGUAUGUCGUUAUUUAACAACUUCCUUUGAAAACGCUUCUCCCAAAGACAUUCUCCCCAUCCCUACCGUUGAACAAAGAAACCAAACGAGAAAAAAUUAUCGCAGAGGGAAAACGGUUGUUCUCACUUCUACUCCCUACAAGAACGAAUUAGAAGAGCGCGAACAACUUAAACGGACGAAGAAGUGUUCCAGUCCGACUGAUCACGGAUAUAAAAAAAACUCAAUGAAACAGAGGACUCAAAAAGCUCGCUCUGAAGGCGAAAAUGUUAAGGAGGAUGCCUUAUGCAUCUAUUGUGUUGACUCAAACCACACUUAUUUGAAGUCUUCGGAGCAUUGGGUGGCCUGCCAACUAUGUGGACAGUGGGCCCAUACAGCCUGUGCAGGAGUUGAUGACGCUGUUUUGGAAGAAAUCCACAUCUGCUUAUUCUGUGAUAAAUAA